AUGUUCAUGGAAAGUCAAACAAAAAAGGUGAAUGUGGUGGAGGAUGUGCAAGAUAUAUCAUAUGAAGCUUUUGAGGAAGCAAACUACAUCAACAACCCUCAAGGAGGGUAUCAAAGACAACAAUACCAAGGUCAAGGACAACAAAAUCAAUGGAGGCCAAAUCCGCAAGGGCAAGGCCACCAACAAUGGCGACAUGACCAAGGUGGCUCAAACCAAGGAAAUUGGAACAACAACAACAACUUCUCAAACCGGAGUACAAACCCUUAUGUUCCUCCAAAGGGACAAUAUUCAAAUCAAGGUUCCUCAAGUGAAUCUAAGUUGGAAGGUAUGCUUGGACAGGUAUUGCAAAAUCAAGAAAAAUCCGACACUUCUAUGAGGAACAUGACCGAGCUUGUUGGCUCUCAUACCACAUCCAUUCAAAAAUUGGAGAUGCAAAUGAGAGACCUCUCUAGGGAACAAAAUCCAAAGAAAACAGGGAACACACCCUAG